UAUAGAUAAGUUGUUGUUCGGAUGACUCAGUUCGUUAUUAAGUUAAUAAAAUGAAUUGAUUGAAUUAAUUGUGAACAAACUCAAUUUCAUCUGAUCUGUUAUGACUUUCAGUGUUCUUCAACAUCAAGACUCACAUUAAAUUUUUCAAUCUAUUUUAGUUCCUCCAAAAUUUAAUUGAGUUUCGUAGUGUCUCUUCCAAAGACUGAAAAUUGAGGAAGCUGAAUCGUGAUUUUUCAACAAUUGCGGUACUAUAUUUUGAUUAUGCUUCAGUGUCUUGAUAGCCAGAAGGUUGCUGCUGAUGCCGAUAUGGAAGCUCGAAAUAUAUCAGAGGCGUCUAAUUCCGAUGGAACUUCCCAGACGUCUGUCCGAACACUAACAAGGACUCGAUGUAAAAAGCUUGGAAGUGAAUCCAGUCUUGUUUCUGGUCUGCCGAAAAUAAAACCAGCAUCUCAAACAAGGAAGUCUAUGAGAUCCAGAGUUUUAUCAAACAGAAGUAGAGGAUUGUAUGGUAACUACAAUGGUAAAGGAACCGCACAAAAAUCACGUUCCCGACGUCAUGUACUUAAAAGAGAGACGCAAAAAUUGGGAAACCCUCCAGCUCUUAUUAGCCUUCGCAAUUGUGUCUACCAUGAGAAUGUUUGGUAUCAUGUGGGCGAUAUAGUUUCGCUAUUGGAUGUUGAUGGUGAAGUUUUCUAUGCCCAAAUAAGAGGACUGGCCACUGAUUUGUUUGGUGAUAGUUGCUGCUUCUUAACUUGGUUGAUCCCAACUUCGGGUUGCAGGGAUGAAGAAUUUCGACCAUCAGAUUAUAUAAUAGGUUAUUUGGUUUUUUCUUACUUCCUAGUUUUAUAGGUAUGGAAGAAGAUGUACUGAGGGAUCUGCGUUGUUGUAAACUAGUGUGUCGUUGUCCUUCUGAUUAUUUCCAACCUAUUGCCAGCCCAUAUACUAUACAGUCAUUUAAGUAAAUACUUCCCAAUCGUGU